AUGCCGGACUCCGAUGUCGUCCCCAGCAGCCCGGCGGCGUCGCCGCUGGGCAGCAGCGUGCAGAAGAGGGGCAGCAGGGGCGGGAAAAGCAGCGGGCACGGCGGCGGGCGGCGCAGCCCGGCGUACCGCGGCGUGCGGAUGCGGGCGUGGGGGAAGUGGGUGUCCGAGAUCCGCGAGCCGCGCAAGAAGUCCCGCAUCUGGCUCGGCACCUUCCCCACGGCCGAGAUGGCGGCGCGCGCGCACGACGCCGCCGCGCUCGUCGUCAAGGGCCGCGCCGCCGUGCUCAACUUCCCCGAGAUGGCGGCGUCCCUGCCGCGCCCGGCCUCCGCCGCGCCGCGCGACGUGCAGGCCGCCGCCGCGCGCGCCGCCGCCAUGGACGUGAACGUGGUGCCCGUGGCCGCGGCGGCUGCGGCGAUGGUGCUGCCGACGUCGCCGCCGCCGGAGCCGGAGCCGCUGUCGUCGUCGUCGCCCUCGUCGCCCCAGCAGGUGCCGGGACUACAGGCGUCAGUAGUAGGCGACCCCGACGAGGAUGAUCUGCUGGAGGAGAUCGUCGAGCUGCCGCCGAUCAACGACGAGGACGACGUCUGCUGGACGGCGUCGUUCCCCGACGACCCGUGGUCGGCGUAUGAGACGAACGCGUGGAUGAUGCAAGCCGGCGGCGGCAUCGCGGCGCAUCACGUCGACGAGAUGGUGGUGCCCGGGACCGGGUUCGCCACGGACCAGCAGCUCUGGACGACGCAGCCGGCCGGCAUUAUGCCUGCCUCGGGGCUCGGUGCGUUCUUAUGGAACCUGUAG